GCAGCUUCCACCGGCGUCUAACCCCCAAUUAUUGCCCCGUCGACGCGACGUACGGCGGCCGGCGGAGUGCAGACGGGUGUACAGUGGCGUGCACAGUUGGGGAAGAGUACCCUGUCCUUGCUCCCCACACGACACCGCUCCCAUGCAGCGUUGACCCGAGCUCGGAGCUGAGGCGAGGCGGCCGACGGAGUGCAGAUGGCGGCGGCUCUCGGCGUGGCGGCCACGCUCCUCGGCAAGGUGUUCACGAUGCCGUCGGCCGCCCCGGUGGCGGCGUACGUGGACAACCUCGAGCUCGGCCACAACUCCCAGCAGAUCAGGGCCAAGCUCGCACACACACGAGGCCUGCUGCACAACGCCCAGGCCCAGGUGAGCCACAACCCUGGACUACAGGAGCUGCUGGCGGCGCUGAGCAGGAACGCAGACCAGGCGAAGAACCUGCUGGAUGAGCUCCACUACUUCCAGAUCCAUGACAAGCUCCAUGGCACCACCUACGCCAACACCCAAGAGGCCGGGCCGGAUCUGAAGGGCGUUGUCCGCCAUCAAGCUCUGCACGCCGGUAGUGCUCUUCGGCACACCCUGGGCAGCUUGGUACAGUGCUUUUCUUGCUCGCCUACACCCAAGAGUGAUGAUGCCGUUGCACCACGCCGCGUCACCAACACCCUAGGCAGCUUGCUCCAGUGCUUUUCUUGCUCCUGUACACCCAAGAGCAAGAGGAAUGGUGGUGAUGAUGCUGCUGCUGCUGUUACCGGCGUUGGUGGUGAUGCUGCUGCUGCUGUUGCCGGCGUCAACAACUCCAACUCUGCUAGUGCUGAUGAUGGCAGUGAUACGCUGCAUUUUGACAGAGUGUUCAUGUCCAGAGAAAUCAAGUCCGUGUUAGAGGGCAUGCAGUCCCACUGUGAUUUGGUCUCCAAUUUGCUCGCCACUAUCCCAAGCAACAGCACGGCAGUCGUCGUCCCACAUCGGCCUCGGACUGUUUCCAUGACUUUUGAGGGAAUUGUCAAUCGGAUCACGGACACUGGUGCCACACACACUGUUUCUGUUCUUCCUAUAGUUGGUCCAGGGGGUAUUGGAAAGACAACUUUCACCACUCAUCUAUACAAUGAUGCAAGGACUAAAAAGCACUUUGAUGUCCAAGUCUGGGUAUGUGUAUCCACUGAUUUUGAUGUGCUUAAGCUCACCAGGGAGAUCCUUGCCUGCAUACCUGCCCCUGGAGAAGGAGGAAGCAGCGGUGUUGCAAAUGAAACAACCAAUUUAGAUCAUCUCCAGAGAUCCAUUCUGCGUUGUAUCAAGUCCAAGAGGUUUCUGAUUGUCUUGGAUGAUAUAUGGAAAUGUGACAGCCAGGAUCAGUGGAAAACCCUGCUAGCUCCCUUCACAAAGGGCGAAGCCAAAGGAAGCAUGGUACUUGUCACAACUCGAUUCCCAAAGGUAGCAGACAUGAUGGAAAUAGUUGAUCCACUAGAGCUGCGAGGUUUGGAGUCUAAUGUCUUCUUCACAUUCUUUGAAGCAUGUAUAUUCGGUGAAGACGACAAGCCUGAGCAUUACCAAGAUGAGUUUGCUAGUAUUGCAUGAAAAAAUGCAAACAAGCUAAAGGGUUCUCCGUUGGCAGCCAAAACAGUUGGCAGGCUAUUACACAAGGACCUUUCUCAGAAACAUUGGAAUGGAGUUCUUGAAAAGCAUCAGUGGCUAAAGCAACAAAAUAAUGAUGAUAUCAUGCAAUCUUUAAAGAUUAGUUAUGAUUAUCUCCCAUUUGAUCUGAAGAAAUGCUUUUCCUAUUGUGGCCUUUUCCCUGAAGAUCAUAGGUUUACUUCUUCAGAAAUCAAUCAUUUCUGGGUUGCAAUUGGCAUCAUAGACUCUAAUCACCAAGCCGAUAGGAAUUACUUGGAAGAACUAGUGGACAAUGGUUUUCUCAUGAAG